AGAUGGCGGACGGGGACAGCGGCAGCGAGCGCGGCGGCGGGUUCGGCGGCCCGCGCGGGCCGGGCCCCGAGCAGGAGACGCAGGAACUGGCCUCCAAGCGCCUGGACAUCCAGAACAAGCGCUUCUACCUGGACGUGAAGCAGAACGCCAAGGGCCGCUUCCUCAAGAUCGCCGAGGUGGGCGCGGGCGGCUCCAAGAGCCGCCUCACGCUCUCCAUGGCCGUGGCCGCCGAGUUCCGCGACUACCUGGGCGACUUCAUCGAGCACUACGCGCAGCUGGGCCCCAGCAGCCCCGAGCAGCUGGCGGCGGCCGGGCCGGGCGAGGAGGCCGGGCCGCGCCGCGCGCUGAAGAGCGAGUUCCUGGUGCGCGAGAACCGCAAGUAUUACCUGGACCUGAAGGAGAACCAGCGCGGCCGCUUCCUGCGCAUCCGCCAGACCAUCAACCGCGGCCCGGGCCCGGGCUUCCCCGGCCCGCCCGGCCUGCAGAGCGGCCAGACCAUCGCGCUGCCGGCCCAGGGCCUCAUCGAGUUCCGCGACGCGCUGGCCAAGCUCAUCGACGACUACGGCGGCGACGAGGAGGAGCUGGGCGGGCCGGGCGGCGGCGCGGGGCUGGGCGGGGAGCUGCCCGAGGGCACCUCCAUCACCGUGGACUCCAAGCGCUUCUUCUUCGACGUGGGCUGCAACAAGUACGGCGUGUUCCUGCGCGUGAGCGAGGUGAAGCCGUCCUACCGCAACGCCAUCACCGUGCCCUGCAAGGCCUGGGCCCAGUUCGGCGGCGCCUUCUGCCGCUACGCCGACGAGAUGCGCGACAUCCAGGAGCGCCAGCGGGACAAGCUCUACGAGCGCCGCGCCGGGCCGGCCGGGCCGGGCAGCGGCAGCGGGGCCGGCGACGACUCCGACGGGGACGACGUGGACGACGACUGAGCGGCGCCCCCGGCCGGGGAGCCGCCGCCGCCGCCACCCCCAGCCCCGGCCCCAGCGGAGAGAGAAUCCAGCUUCACCGCAGACACCGACCGCCCCCGGCCCCUGCUGCCCGGAUCCCUCCCCGGCCCCUUUCGAGAUCGUGCCCCCCCGCCCCCGCCAUGGAAACCAGCAUCCCGGCGGCCGCGCCGCCGCCGAGCGCUUGAAGAGAAGGGAGAGGCCGCCGCAGCUAUCCAGAUCCGAGGGUGCAGGUCGCGAUGGGGAAGGAGAUCGGGCCUAGCCGGGGCGGGAGGGGAAUCCCGGCAGCUUCGGGCCUAGAGUUGGGACGAGCCUGUUUCCGGACCAACGUCCAUUCUGUCCUUUCCUUUGCAGACUUGUUUUCUGGGAUGCAAACUGCUCCGCUCCGGGCGCUGCCGGAACCGGUCAGCGAGCGAGUUCCCGCUGGCAGCGUGCUGAAGAUUAAGAGACACUUUCUUGUUUUGAUUUUUUUGUUUUUAAACAUGGGGGUUGCGAAGAGGUAGGUUCAAGGAAAAACAGGCAUAAAGCACAAGGAAAGCUGAGUGGAUUGGUUGCUGCUCACUGAAGUUCUUCCCCUUCUCUCCAAGUAAGGUGGUCUUGGAAAAGAAACAGCGUUAGCAGUAGGGAGAAGUAAGAGCCAACUCUCUUGGCUCCAGUGGGUUGACCCAGCCAAUAAGUGGAAUCCAGCCUGUGAGCUGGGUUUUUAAAUCUUUAAACCAUAACUUGGUUGAGAACAGCAACAUGUGGCUACAAGUCUAGUCUGUGAAAGAAUGACUGGCACAAAGUGAGACAUGAGCGUCAUUCAUCUUCAGUGGAAAUCAGUGGACAUGUUCGACUAUGAAUCUAAACACCAAGAACCUCAGGUCCAGAAGUCCAUCACUUGUUCUUUUACAAGAGUUUUUAAAAAGAGAAGAGAACUCAAUCUGUUUCCUCAGUACCUCACAUUGUGUUAACAGCAGAGUUGGCAAAAAUGCACGGAUGGAUUGUUCAGAGCAGCACACAACCUGUGGGAGCUUCAGAUCCAUCGCUGAAAAGGAGCAGAAACAAAAUGAAUAAGCUCUGUGACUAUAAAUAUACCCUAGCAGCAUUUUUUACCACCUUGAAAUUUCACCAUAGACUGGCUACUGCCAAUUCGUCCAGCUGUCGCUCCAGAAUUCAGUUGGGGCUCUUUCCAGGGAGCACCACUUUAAAUGGAUUUUUCACUCUAAAAUGAUUUUUUUUUAGCUAAUUGAGUCAACCCUACCCCUCCAGAAAGGUAUUUCUAGACACCUAGUCGUAUUCUAGUAACUUUGA